UGGCGCUGCUGCUAAGCAACAAGCAUUCGCGAGCUACGAUGCUAGCCAGUAACCUGGUUAGCUCCGCUCUCAGCGUAGUUAGCGCAUACGCAGGCUCGCGGACAGACAGUAACGCGGACUGAUAAGUGAUUUCCAUCCCGUAAACGUCCCCGAGGUGACUCACUCGUCGUCGUUAACCAAACUUUGUGUGUCGUGUAGACGUGGAGAAGCCGAGCUCUGUGCAGACAUUAGCUAGAGACCGUUAGCAGGUGUAGCAGAAGGUUCUGUACUCUGGGAAAAGACGUGGCUAACCCUUAGCUAGGUAACCUUAGCCCAGGGAGGCACCGGCGUCUCCUCUCGCCACAGAGACGAGCAGGGGGCGGCUGGAGGUAUGUGAUUGCGGGUUAGCCGGCUGGUUAGCUCGUCUAAUGCUGGAGGACACCCGGAGGAGUCUCAACGUGAUUUUACAGGUGGUAUAUGUGUCCACUUGGCAUCACUAAAACUACCCGGGCAGAGUGGAACUGAGAACCAGCCAGACGUCGCCACCAUGUUGGAGGAGGACAUGGAAGUGGCCAUCAAAGUGGUUGUGGUUGGCAACGGAGCCGUUGGCAAAUCCAGUAUGAUCCAACGUUACUGCAAAGGCAUCUUCACCAAGGACUACAAAAAGACAAUCGGAGUGGACUUUCUGGAAAGACAGAUCGAUGUCAAUGACGAAGAGGUCCGACUAAUGCUUUGGGACACAGCUGGGCAGGAGGAGUUUGACGCCAUCACCAAGGCCUAUUAUCGUGGUGCACAAGCAUGUGUGCUGGUUUUCUCUACUACCGACAGGGAGUCUUUUCAGGCUAUCGACAGCUGGAGGGAGAAAGUGGAAGCAGAGGUUGGAGACAUUCCCACAGUUCUAGUGCAGAACAAAAUCGACCUCCUAGAAGAGACUGUUAUAAAUAAUGAGGAGGCAGAAGGUUUGGCAAAAAGACUCAAACUGAGAUUUUAUCGCACUUCAGUAAAAGAGGACCUUAAUGUUAACGAGGUUUUUAAAUACUUAGCUGAAAAGUAUCUCCAACGACUCAAGCAGCAAACAGCAGAGGAGACAGAUGUGGUCCAUUCAACAAGCAAUAAAAUAGGUGUUUUUAAUACCACAAGUAGUAAUGUCAGCAACCAGAACUCCAGCAACGGUAGAGAAGUCAUCACUUUGCGACCUAACAAACAACGGACCAAGAAGAGUAAAAAUCCUUUUGGAAGUUGCAGCCUACUCUAGAUAGAAUCCUUUUAAUUUUAGAGCCCGACUAUUUGUUUCUCAGACUGGAUUGGACAUUGUUGUAUUCAUUAAGAGACCAAAGCCCAUACAGACUGGGAAGUACUACUCUACACUACUUUAACAAUCUGAUGUUUAAUCUGAAUCCCCUCAUUGAUGGCUGAAUUUCUUUUGGUUAAACCUUGGAUAUCCACCAAUGGUCUGCACACAAAACCUGUUGAUAUUUGUACACUCUGGGUAACAACUAGAGCUGAAAUCCCCUCAAAAACCAGAGAUAUGUCUGUGAGUGAUUGUGUUUUUUUUCUUUUUUAAUAUAUAACUCGAUAUACACGCCUCUCAUCAAAAUACGUAACAGCAAAUGUUGCACUCUUGCUCCUGGUCGCCCAUUCAUGUGUUUGACAUUUGAAGCGUACAAUAUGUUUGCAUGCAUCGUAGAAGAUAAACAGAUUAUUUUGUACCAUAUUUUUCUAACUGUCAACAAACUAUGGCUCAGACUAUGCUGUUUAUUGUGGACAAAACACUCUGGAAUCCAGAAUUAAUUCUAUGUGCAGAAGUAUUUUUGUACGAAUCACAUUAGUGUUGAGUGAUAUUUUCACUGAAGUGUUGACGUUGUGCCAAAAUGUCCCAUUUUCUGAGCUGUAGUUUAACAUUAACACUGCAACGACUUGGAUGUAACAUGAAAUGAAUAGAAUGUGCUCCUAUGUAUAACCAAAUAUCAAUAACUAUUGUCACAAAACAGUCCUGUGUGUCUGCUUACAAUCCACGUAUUUAAAAAUGUGUUAACUAAGACUAAAUUAUGGGUUGAAUUCAUGAUUCUCUGCUAUUUGAGGUCAUAAUACAUCAAUUUGCAAUCUGUUAUGGUUCUAUGUUUCAGUUCAGUUGUUUGCAUUUUACAUAUUCCAUAUUUAACUGACCUUUUCUUUAACGUUAGUAUAGCUUUGCCUAUGCAGGGUUUAUAUAUUUCGCCGUCACUACAUUUCUAACAUUUCAAACACUAAACAUGUUACAAGUCUUAUUUUUAUUUUGGUGGUUUGGCCUCAUCCUAUCAGUUACUACCUUUUUUUAUUAUUAUCAUUCUGCUCAUUUUAAUGGGAUGAAAGGGAGAAGGAUCUGGAAUACAGAAAGAAUGAAGAGUGAACAGUGAGGUGUCUUGAGCAGAAUGUGAACCCUUGCUCUCUGAUGGUGUCAGAGAUGUUCCGAUACCAUUUUUCUCUUCCCACUACCGAUUCCGAUACCUGGACUUUGCGCAUCAUCCAAUACCAAGUACUGAUCCGAUACAGGUGCAUAAAAUAACAAACGUAAAAAAACACUUGUAUAACAGCUGUAUGCUACCAACCAUGUAUGGAAGUGAUGAUUGCUAUCGUUGUUGUACGGCCUGGCUCAGGUUAAACCGUUUGAAAAACAAAUACAUAGAGAAUGAAUGUCAUAUAACUUAUUUUACCAUCUAGUUUGAAAGUCAUAACUGACAAGAACACAAAUAAAUAGAUAUACAGGAAUAUGCAACUAUUGCUUCCUUCAAAUUGCUUGAAAUGGAAGCCUAGCAUGCGUUUCAUGUCGCCAUGUGGGACAUGUUAGCUAGCUGUGGCUAAUGCUACACUACCAGUAAUCACUUCUUUUUGGCUGCUCUAAAAACAGUAUUAGUGGCAGUACAGCGCAACUGCUGUUUUGGGGCAGACAAGAUAGAGUGAUUUCCAGGAAAAGAAAAUUGCAGUUUAAUAAGGGGGGAACUAAUAUAUUUUGAAUACGUGGUAAAAGAACGGUACUUAGAUUUGCGUCCUUGCUGAUGCUCAAUCCUGCAGUAUCUGAGGCAUUCCCGAUGCUGGUAUUGGAACAUCUCUUGAUGGUAUUACCAGAACCACGAGCAUCAGGGCUGGAUAUGUUUCUGCUGGAGUGCCUCUGGUGGCCUGAAUAUGCAAGAUAUUCCAGUUCCUUCUCACUAAACCAGGAUACUCCCAAUCUCAUAUUCAGUCCCCCGUACAGUUGUGAACUGUUAAUUAUUGCCUUUCAGUAAUUUGGUUUUCCAAAGAUCAUUUUCUGAAAGCUACUAAUUUACCAAGCACAAAGAAAUACGUGGCAAUGUAGAAAAGUCUUAUAUUAAAUCUUCUUUAUAAAAAUUAUUGAAAUGUCUUUUAUUAAAAGUAUUUUAAAUGGAAUAUGAAUACAUAGGACAUCUUUGUGGGUUAACAUGUGCAUGCCUGUCUUUUUUGAAAGUUUUGCAACUGAUCUCGGAGCUGUGUUAGAAGCUUCAAAUGAAGUUCAGAGGAAUUAAACCAUGUCACUUAUUAGUCUGAUGUGAGCAUCUCAACAGCUGCUUCAAAUACCGUCGGUACUAAGAUUGUGUCACAUUUCAAGCUUUCUCGUUUGGUUGUAUGUAAAGAGUUCUCUUUUGAAAAGAAAGUGUGGCAUAAGUAAUGCAUGCAAGCCUUUUUUUUUCCACAUCAGUGAAUGUUCAGUCAUGGUUGUAAAGCCACAUUGCCUUGUCCGUGUUUACAUUCUCCCCCACUGACCGUUUUAAUCCUCCUCUCGCAGUUUGUUUAAAGCUGCAGCGAAUCUGUAAAUAAUCACUUCUCUAGUUUUCUCUUACUUCUAAACAUUUGCCUUUUUUAUUUGCUUCUUGACUGAAUGGAUUUAGUGCACUUUAUUAUUAAGAUAGUAUGAAAUCUUAAAGAACCAUAAGUUACAACUAACCAUACUUAUGUGCUGUCACUCAGGUGUUGUAAUAAUCUGUCUCACUGUUCCUCUACUUUUUCCACACACACAACUUUAUAAAGCAGUUUCACAUGAUUAGAUCUACAAAUAAAUCGAUAAUUCUACUUACAGUCUGACAACAACAAAAGCCAUUGUUGGAUUUUUUUUGUUUGUUUUCACAGUUAUACAUGUAUCACAGCCUGGAAGUGUGCCACAGAAUUGUGCACCUGAUGUUACGUGUGUGUGGGGGAGUUGAUUGUAAUCUGACUUAAAUAAAAGAAAUAAUUGAA